CUUGAAUGGGAGGAGUCUCUCUUACUUGUGUUUUAAUUGGCUGUCAGCUAAAGCGCAGAGAAGUGUGAGGAUCAGUAAUAAUAUUCAGCAUGUUUUGCACAAGAAAUGUCAGCCAGAAAGGGCUAUCCUCAUCCUCCGUCAAAUUAUACCCCAACGAUGUCAUGCUCUGACAACCAAAGUGGAAAUUCGUUUUUAGUGGACUCCUUAAUCCACGGAAGAACCGAGAGCGGUGCCUCCUAUUACCAAAGUAACAGCCUGUAUUUGCCACCAGGCUCGGAGUACUCCUAUGGACUACCCAACGGCACUUUUUUCUCGGGGCUCAGUAAACGCAACGAGAGCAAUUCUCAAACUACGGUACCCUCAUCUGGCCCAUAUUCCCAUAUUCAAGGGAUGGAAACAUGGCUAGAGACCUCGAGAUCUUGUCGAGUAGAUCAGCCGAGCAACCAGCAGCAAAUUGCUCAUUGUUCAUUCUCUCCGAGCAUCAAAGAGGAGAAUGCGUACUGCCUGUAUGAAUCGGAGAAGUGUCCAAAAAGGUCAACAACGAGGGACGACAUUUCAUGCCAGGUUACAAACAGCACCGUGCCUGUUCCCGGUUACUUCCGCCUGUCUCAGACAUGUACCUCUUCAAAGCUUUAUCAAGACGUUCAGCCGAACCCACAGCCGACUCACUUCGCUCUCCAACGUCCGGCCCGUUUCGACACCUCACCACCAUCGGCUACCCGGGUGGUGGAUACAGACAGGAGGGAGAGUGAAGCACCGCCUGACCCACCACCAUGUGCUCCAGCCCCGUCAAGAGAUGAGGACACCCGGACAUCGUCUGCGGAUGGUGUGUCCUCCCCCGAACCCACCGAGAGCUGUGCAGAAAGUCCAGACAAACCCGUUAAAGGAGAUGGAAAAUCUGAAACCAAGGCUAACUGGCUGACAGCGAAGAGUGGCCGGAAAAAGCGUUGUCCCUACACCAAGCACCAGACUCUUGAGCUCGAGAAAGAAUUUCUCUUCAAUAUGUACUUGACUCGUGAGCGUCGCCUGGAGAUCAGCCGCAGCGUCCACCUGACAGACAGGCAAGUCAAAAUCUGGUUCCAAAACCGAAGAAUGAAACUGAAAAAAAUGAGUCGUGAAAACAGGAGCUAUCGGGAGCUAUCGAACAACUUCAGUUUUUCGUGAGCCAUUCGUGCCGUAUUUGGCGCCCUCCUUCAUCAAUGGCAAGGGCGCCUUCCUUCGAGAAACCCUUGUUGUGUGAAUAUGACCGUGUAGGAUUGGCCUACUAUAGCUAACUUAUUGAUAUGUCGUUUUUUUGACGUUGUACCUGUAUACGUCUCUGUUUUGUUUGUCGUGGUUAUGUAUUUAUACUGUCAUAAGAUAUGGUUGCUCCGUUUAUGUAUAGAGCAACAGUUAAUUUAGAUAUGGAACGACUUAAGUGUUUCAGAGCUGCACAAUAUCGGCAUUCGUUGUACAUAACAUAAUACAUGGAUAUAGCCACCUUGAGUGACGCAUUGACAUCUGUGCAUGCUGGAAUAGCUCUUGGGGAAAUGUUGUAACCUGUAGCAAUAUAGGCCUACGUUACGUCAUGGCUAAAGAGCCUUGAGGGGUUUGAUAUUUAAUAUCUGCACAUUUUGCUGGUAUGAUAGCCAUAUAUACUAAAAGCAUCACACAAUAACUAUUUUGUUAAGGGUUUUAUUUAUACACACGAAAUGUAUCUGAGACUUGUAAAUAUUGUUUACAGUUUGCCUUCUCAUAUUUGUCUUCAUGAUUUUAUUGUUCUCGCCGACCGUUUUAAUAAUAUUGCCCAUAUUCUCAUUGCUUUGUCUAUGAGAGACUAUACUGUGAAAUUCAUUGAUAUGUGUGUGUCGGCCUCACUAAGUAAGUCAAUAAAAACAUGGCACGUUUUUACCUUGCAUUAGCAUGCUUUAGUCCACAGAUCAUGUUUCCUGUAUAGAAUGUAAUCUUUCAUACCCAAGAUAGGAAUAGCCGGGGGGCGGGACUGCCCUCUUUAUUCCACGAGCUUCCAUUUUUCAGAUGCGGGUUGGUUUUACAGUAAAAAAGAAAGAAAAAAAAGAACAUCAGUUCCCUCUUUUCUGUGAUACUAAUGCCCUUCAUUUCAAUAUGAAUCAUUGCCUGAGCCAUGACGCAAGCACUGCACUUGCUGUCUAGGACUCCCUGGAAAACAGUGGCAUUUGUUACUGAGUGGACUAUCCUGGCCAAAUAGAUACAAAUGAAAUGGCCAUUGUGAAGUUUUAUGGUCAAAGAGACUCCGUCGGGAUAGCUAUUGUUUACUGCAUGGUGUACUGGAUAGAUGGUGCCAAAAUGACCCGGAAAACAACAUUAUUUUCUCAAGGACAUCACUGGCGGUAGUUUGGUUCAUCAUCAUAUGCUUCCUAUGAAAGGACACAAAGUCUGUCGACAUUUGGAGCGUUGUGAAAUGUGCACGCAAUAAGACACACUAUUUUGGCUGUAUCUUUUCAGGUGUGCAAAUGGUGUGCUAUGCGUAAAAGAAGUGUAAACAUUGAGAAAUGCUAGAAUUUUGACCAGCUAAUUACAAUUACAUAUAGAAUCACAGUGAAUUAUAAGAUCCCUAUGAUUCUGACUGUAUAUGUUCCAGUUGUGCAAACGGAAUGAAUGCGUCCAGAAAAUGCUUGUAGCCUAUAUCUAUUUCUCUAGGAGGAGAGAGGGCUGUUGAGGGGUUUAGGUAGUUUCGUGUUGUUGGGCUGUAUUUUCCCCCACAACACGAAACUGUCUUAAUUGCCUCAGUAAAACUCGGCGCUUCACAGAAACACUCCAAAUUGUCUCUGGCACCAGAGCUGUGCCCUGAAGGAAGUAGGCUACAUUUACUGAGUAGCCUAGUCGUGUGUAGAAUAUUCUAUAACAAUUCGGAUGCAUUUAUUUAUGUACUGUGUCUGCAGAAAUGUAUUGUCUCUCAUGUCGACAUUAGGCUAUUAUAAGUAUGCAAACAGCGCAGCGGAGCCAUGCUGCAGAUUUCGCGCCUACCUGUCACUUCAAAAGCAUCUCUGCAUUUGAACUUUAUGUUUAUUGUGGUAUAACGUGAUAUAAGCAGAAUUCGAUAUAAUUCCAAUGCAAGAACCCCCAAAAUGUAGCCCCUUCCCCGAUUUCAACUGCCCCCUUACCCCCUUAAGUCACUUUAUCCUGGCGCCGGGUCUGAUGCAUAUAACAAAAAGAAAAAACGAACAAAAACAAUCAUGGCUGCAAGGGAAAUUUUGUUCCUCACAUAUUCGCUAUAUCUAUUCAAAACAACAACAAAAGAGGAGCAAUAGAGGGCGGGCUUUAGCCUGUAUGUCUCAGACAGAGAGAGCGCGAGUUGGCUUGAGGUAGAGGAAGGACUGCAAGGCCUCGGUUAUGAUCAUUGCAGUCUGGCCAAUGCCUCGUGCGCUGCUGCCGCGUUCCCAGUGGCACGCAUUCGAAGUGCCGGAUGCGUCUGCUGAGCCACACAAUUGACACAAAGGAUGGAUUUUAUUGGCGAUAUUUAGUCCAGACAGCCAGGUUGUAACCUAAAGAAAAACAACUAAAUAGCCCCCGUAAUAAAAAAUACUGUUAUAGUACCUAUCGUUUUUUCUCUCUCCCCAGUUUGAUGGCUAAAAGCGCCGGGCAGACACUCCUAGUGUUCACUCAUUGGUCCAUAAAUAGUAAGGGGCUGCUAUGGUUUUACACACUAACGCAACGGGAUCUUUCCCCACAAUCUAUUGAAACUUGGAUAUGUUGAUGCUACUAUGUGGACGUAUUGUAUCUUUAUUUCUGGACACUAAUUCGAUGGUAGAAUACACAUAGCUUGUUCCUUGUGUACACAUAUUGUGUAAAUUGUUGUAUAGGCCUGUGUUUUGCAGUCUUAAAUAAAAAUAAUAGUCCUAGUCUU